GUGGCCUCUGCCCCCGGGCCCCCUGCCCCAGCUCCCUCCUCCGCCCCACAAGCCCCAGGGACUAGCUCAGACUUGUCCCUGCGGAGACGGGACUGACUGGAGCUGCUGCCGCUUGGGCCAGGCCAGCGAGCCCGCGAGCGGUUGCUGAGGACAAUGGGAAGUGCCUGCAGGAUGAAGUAUAAAUUUCUGGGAAGCCCUUUGGGAAAAAUAGAAAUCUCAGGAUGUGAAGCUGGGGUGCAUAGAAUAAAGCUUCUGGAAAAGAGGUUUCAAAGACCCGACAGCAGCAGCCCAGACAGCCAUGAGGCCUCCUUUGCUGGCGAAUGCCUUGAGGGCCCAAGGGAAGUGGUCACAGCGCUGGACAAGUGUGCUGCCUGGCUGGAAGCCUAUUUCUACGCUCCAGAGAGGCUGGGAGAUCUCCCCCUGCCUGCCUUCCAUCAUCCUCUGUUUCAGCAAGACUCUUUCAGAAGACAAGUGUUGUGGAAGCUGGUGACGGCUGUGAAAUUGGGAGACACCAUUUCUUACCAGCAGCUUGCAGCCCUGGUAGGGAAGAGCCGAGCUGCCAGAGCCGUGGGGGGUGUCAUGAGGGACAACCCGGUCCCUAUCAUCAUUCCAUGCCACCGAGUGAUCUAUAGCAAUGGGAGAAUCGGCAACUACACGGGAGGCGUCGGGGUGAAGGAGUGGCUUCUGGAUCAUGAGAAGCACCUCAAAAGAAAGUGGGCCAACUAAAGGCACCAGCCGCCCUGCGGGGCCAGGGCCAGCCCAGGCCCAGCUCGGAGCAUGGCCUGCAGCUGGAUCAUGGCACACAUCCACAAGCAGAAUCGCGCAUGGUGGCGGGGGGGGGGGGGGUGUUCAAUGCAGAUAGAACACAGCCUCCACAGGCCCUGGGCUACUGUGGGUGGCACUCCUAGGAUGAACAAGCAGGCUGGCUCCCAGGGGCCCCCACGGGUUUGCCCCCCUUUCUGGCAGAGUGAGGCCAGUGGCCAGCGCCUGGCAUCUCUGCCUGCAUUUUGUUCCCAUCUCCAGCCCUGUUUCUGUUCUAUUUUUAAUGCCCAUUAAAGCCAGGCUCGGGGAGGAGGGGCCUGGAGGAAGAGGUGCCGCUGCCCCUGGAAGGAAGCAUCUGGCUCACCGAGGGGGCAGCCAGGAGCCAAAGAACGGCAGAAGCUGCCACACCCCCCCCUAGUUCCUGCUCCCCCUCAUGUGUGUGCAGGCUGCCAGCAUGGCUGCCCAAGAUGCCCCAGCUUUCUUGGAGGCUUGAGCUGUGGAAGCACCGACGCUGCCCCUUCUGAAGGUGGUCACCAGUGAGUCAGCCCUUGGCAACACAGCCCUCCCCAAUGCGGGAGAGGCUGGAGCGCAGGAAUGGGGGCUGCUCGCAUGGAGAUGGCAGCAUGCAGUGUGAACGCCUGC